GCCGUUGGCCACCUAUAUUUUGGCCCAUCCGGGUGCCGAGCGCCACGCUCCCCCUCGCUCCGUCCCUCAUCUUCCUCCUCGCGCGAGCGCCGCCACCCCUCCGUCCCCAUCCCGCUGCCGGGCGCAGCAGACCCCUGCCUCGUCUCCUCCACCGUAGAUCCGGCCCUGCUUGCUGCUUGGAUUGAUCCCGAGGGCGACAGGAUGGCGCUGAGGGGAGUUUGGCAGCUGCAGAAGCUCGUGGUGAACUACUGCGACUGGGGAGGGAGCAGCAAGGGGAUCAGGGCCUUUAUGGCGUCACACCUUCCAGCUUUCAAGGAAAAGAAUCCCCAGUUAGAGGUGGUGACAGAACUUGUGCGUGGCCAGCAUCCCAACUUGAAGGGCAUUUACAAAAACCAUAACGAGAGAGUGGUUUGUGUCAGAAAUUUAGCACCUGAGGACAUCAUGUUGCAAGCUAGUAGACUCAGGUGUUCUCUGGGCAGGAAAGUCGUGAAGCUGAGAACCAGACACGUAACGAAACGGCCAAGUGUCCAGGGAACAUGGACGACGGAACUGAAGAUGAACUUUGUGCUGCUAUUAGACCUACCGUUUUUAGUGGUUAAGGUUUCAUUAUGUUCUUGUUUCGAUUGAGCCAUAAUCUGAUAAUAACAUGUAAACUUGGGGUUUCUUGUUAUUGUUGUCAGUCUCCACUCAGAUCUGAUCUGAUCUUAGACUGUUUCCUCCCUCCAACUUGUCAGCAAAUGAAAUUUGCCCAAAGGGGAAGGCUGUGCAUGCCAUGAACAUAUUUUUCAUUCUACUAGUCGUCAACAGGAAAAGCUAUA